AGGCUCAAAUGGCGCGCAUAACACGAGUUCUGCUCUGCUUUUUGUUGGCAGUCGUUAGCCUCAUCAGCGCUUUCCCAAAACAACAUGUGUUCGGUUUUGGAAAAAGGGCUGCUGAAACACUUGGAGAUCCGGAAAUGGACUGGAGCAUGUGGAAUGGCAUAUCAAAACGACUAAGUAAUGACAAACUCUUUAUGCGUUUCGGAAAUGGAGAACCACACAAGCUGCUGGCGAUGGGCAUCCGAAAACAUGACUCAGAUGAAGCACCAGCUAAUGCGAUUCGGGAGCUCUAUUGAUUGCAAGAUCAGAAGUGUUGAUCAAAACCAUGUUAGAAUCCUAAGUGUGUGUCCCCUGUGUUGGAAUAAAGCUGAU